CAUAUUUUAUUCUUAAAAAGCAAUACAGUGGUUGUGAAGAGUACAUUCUUUCUCAAGAUGCCACCAAAAAAGACAAACCCGAAGCAAGUGGCGACUGAAACGACCGAUCUUGGUGAGGCCUCGGCUGAAAAUGACGGCACUAAAGCUAGCACUCCGGCUAGUUCUGUACACGAAGAGUAUACACAAGGCAAUAAACUAGUGCUGUCUGCGAUUGCGUCUUUGGACGCCAAGAUAACUCAAAUGAAAGUGGACAUUUGUGAUACUCUGCGCGGGGAAAUUGCAACGCUGAGGGCUGAAAAUGAUGAGGCCAUUUCAGCUUUGAGAACUGUGAUGGAAAACCACAACGUCCAGCUAAAGGAUAUAUCAGAAGCGGCUACAAGCACGUCAAACUCCGUGGUGAAAUUAGAAGAAAAAGUUAAACAACUUUCUAGUAAAGUGGAACAACUGACUGAAAAAUGUAUUGAUCUGGAAGGGCAUUCAAAGAGGAAUAAUAUAAGGAUAGCCGGGGUACCUGAAGGCAGAGAGAAUGGUCAGCAUGUCAGUGAUUUUGUGGCAAAGCUGCUACGAGAUCUAUUGGACCUGGAUGAAAUUCCGCUGCUGGACCGAGCACACAGAGCCCUGCGAGUGACUCCAGAAGAUGACGCCCCGCCACGACACUUGAUUGCGAGGAUACAUUACUACCACACCAUGGAAGAAAUACUACGAAAGGUUUCUAUCAGAAAGAAUAUGAAGCUUGGUGACAUUCGCGUUCAGAUUUUCCGCGAUCUACCUCAGGCAGUGGUAAAACGACGUGCAGCGUUUACUCCAGUAAGGAAUCUGCUUCGAGACCAACCUGGAGUUAAAUAUGGACUUCUAUACCCUGCCAAACUCAGGGUGACAUACAACAGUACAGAGUUGGUGUUUACGGAUCCCAAUGAAGCCUGCCGCUACGCACAAGAAAAAUUUGUAUCUUAAAAGGGACGACAUAAGUAGACAAACUAAAGCUCAGCCUCUGGCCCAGUGACACUUAUUUACUUUGAUGGAAAGAGACUAAAACUUGUUAUGGAGCUACGAUGGAUAGAGGAAGUUUUGAGAUAAAGUAUUUUGCUCAUAUCUGCCUCUCUCACUGAGGGGGACGUCCACUACAUGGACAUGGAUUUGUUCAUCAACCAAACUACGGAUCACUGAGAGCAGAGGA